UCCUAUUCUGAACGGUACACAUCGGAGUUGCUCUGAUUUGCUAAGUGUGCCGGCGACUUUUAGCAUUUUAUGAUCUUGUACGUUUAAUUACCCUCCAAAUAUCACCAUGUCGGUGGCGUUUGCACCACACAGACAGCGCGGAAAGGGCGAUAUAACCCCCGCCGGGAUACAGAAGUUACUUGAUGAGAAUAACCAUCUGAUCCAAAGUAUAAUGGACUUCCAGAGCAAGGGCAAAACGACAGAGUGUUCACAGUAUCAACAGAUCCUGCACAGAAACCUAGUGUACCUGGCAACAAUAGCAGACUCUAAUCAAAACAUGCAGUCUCUCCUCCCAGCUCCACCGACUCAAAACAUGCCCAUGGGCCCCGGUGGAAUGAACCAAAGUGGGCCCCCAACACAGCCUAGUCACGGUCACAGCAUGCCCUCUGAAGGUAUGGUUAACUGCGGCCCCCCGGCCGCGCACAUGCAGAACCAGAUGAACGGACAGAUGCCUGGCCCUAAUCACAUGCCCAUGCAAGGUCCCGGUCCAGGCCCUAACCAGCCCCCAAACAUGCCCAGUGGCUCUAUAAACAUGCCUCCGAGCAGUCAUGGCUCGAUGGGCGGUUACAACCACGCUGUCCCUUCAUCCCAGGGCAUUCCAGCGCAGAGCCAAAUGAACAUGACGCAGGGCCAGCCAAUGGGAAGCUACGGGCCACGGCCCAACAUGAACAUGCAGCCCAAUCAAGGCCCCAUGAUGCACCAGCAGCCUCCCUCCCAGCAGUACAACAUGCCUCCCGGCGCUGGCGGCCAGCACUACCAAGGGCAGCAGAACCCAAUGGGCAUGAUGGGCCAGGUCAACCAGGGAAAUCAUGUCAUGGGUCAGAGGCCUAUGCCUCCAUACAGACCGCCUCAGCAAGGACCCCCACAGCAGUACCCAGGGCAGGAAGACUACUAUGGGGACCAGUACAGUCACGCAGCACAGGGCGCCUCAGAAGGUAACACCCAAUAUGGCCAACAGCAAGAGGCCUAUCAGCAAGGUCCUCCCCAGCAACAGGGCUACCCUCCUCAGCAGCAGUACCCGGGUCAGCAGGGCUACCCACCACAGCAGCAGGGCUACGGUCCCUCCCAGAAUGCCCCAGGACAGUACCCUAAUUACCCCCAGGGGCAGGGCCAGCAGUACGGUGGCUAUCGCCCCCCUCAGCCAGGACCCCCUCAGGGCCAACAGCAGCGCCCUUACGGCUAUGACCAGGGGCACAUGAGGAAAUAAAGGCCCGGGGAUUUGAACCCCCUGACUAGCUCUAUAAGAAGCAAAGGGCCAGUAUGGAAAUUACCAGCAAUGAGAAACAGUCAUCUCUUGUAUGAGAGUCACAGCAGCACAAAAAAAAAUCCAUUCUUCUCCCCCGUCGAGGCUCUGGGCUCUAACCCUAAACAUUUCCACUGACUCAAAAACAUCACAAUCCAUGCCCCACCCCACACCCGCCCCUUCUGGUCCAGUAUGUCUAAUAGCGGCCUUAAAAGAUGGAGCUGCCUUAUCCUCCAAUAGCAUUCAUUGAGUGUACAAACAAAAUUUAGGAUCUCCUGGAGACGAUUCAUGUGGUUCUAUUGUGGUGCAUUGUUUCUCUACGCUUCAGCUCCUUGUUAAUAAGUAGCAAUAAUGCCAGCAGUGGGGAAACGUGUGUUUAUGGAGAAGAUUUGGGAGUUUAGAUAAGACACAACUUCUUGCUCGGCCAUGGUACACACGUCUUGAUGUAUGUGAUGCUGUAAAAAUAUAUUUUAUUCUUUUUAGGCCAACAUGACUUUGUAUAAGACAGUGGAAACUAAUACUAAGAUGUUUAAGUGUCAAUGAUGUUUAUAUAUUUUUUUUGUUUGUGAUGAACUGAACGUGACAAAAGGCAAACCUGCCACUACAACAUGUUUUAUAUCGUAUAAUAAAAACAAGCAAUGCUUGUUUAAUGUGCCAAGGUAAAGGGUGAUAAAAGCUAAAAUCACACUAUUUGAGAUAAAUGUGGCCAAAACUUACACGAUAUGUAGCAGACAUCGGAACAAAUUAAAAGCGGCUGAGUUGUGUACACCAUCAGAGUAUUAUAGGCAACACUGGGGCAGAAAAUAUGAUGCGAGAAUGAAGUUGUAACAUUGCGAGAAUUUUUUUUAUUCGUAAUAUGAUAAGAAUGAAGCUGUUAAUCUUCGAGAGGGAAAAAUAGUUGUAAGCCAAUGAGAAUAAAGUUGUCAUAUUAACGCGAUCAGGGCAAGAUUUUAACACUUGCAAUGACACAUUAAAGGCCGUUUUUUUUGUAAAUCUAUUGCACUUUUUUUUCGUAACUUUCCUUAAAGCCGAAAUAUUUUUUCUUGAACAAAAAAUACUUUUCUAAAAUGAUUUUUUCGAGAGUAACACCUAACUUUGAACUUUUUCUCUUGAAUGUUGACUUUAUUCAAUGUUAUUCUCAUAGUAAGAUCCUCAAAUGCUCGUGGUUAUUUUAGGAAUAGUGGUCGUUGGCAAGGAGAUCGAGGGUUCGAAUCUUCAUUGGGGUAUUUGUCUUUGUUCAUAAGUUUGCAUGUUCUGAAAAACAUGCAUGUUCAUUGAAUUGUCCAUAAAUAAUAAUAGACCAUAAUAAGUUCUCUACGUGUGGCCUGUCAUUAGCUGGCGACCAGUUCAAGGUGUGUCCCGCUUCUAGUCGGAAGUCAGCUGGGAUAGGCUCCAGCUAAUGAGAACAAGCAAUGUAGAAAAAAGAUGUUUCAACUUUAUUCUCAUAGGACUUUAAAAUGACGUUUUUCCCCUCGUAUUAUUAGCACUUUAUUCCCUUCAAUGUAAUUAACUCAUACUACGGUAUACUUCAAUUAUGAUUCUUCCAUAGUAAAACCACUCAUGUAAAAAACGUGAUUUUCAUAAAAUUAUUCAGAAAUCUUUUUAUUUUAUUUUAAUAAUCUGACAAUAUUGUUUUAAUUUUACUUUUGUCAGGUUUGUAAUAAUUUCUACACAAGUUCACACAUAUUACCUCGAAAAAUGACCACUUCAUUCUCGCGAUAGUUUAUUUUUACAUCGUUUUAUUAGGUGUGGCCCCGAUACUUCAUCAUUGUGUGUCUUUGCCGCGAAUCAAACUUCAAAUCAAUAGUUCUGACGACGACAAAGUUUUAUUGUUAAUGCUGGUAUCUUUUGCGCCGUUGGCGUCAAUCAACGUGAAAGCGCUCGUCUUUUUAAGUAAUGUUGUGUACGUGAAUAAUAAAGGCUGUCACAUAUGUAACAUAAAAAUGUGGGGGGAAAAUAAGGAAGUCAUUAUCACAUUUAGGACCUGUUGUGCAGUUUUCUAUCACUGGCUUUGUUUUUGUGAUGCAUUCUUUAUUGCUCCCACUUCCCAAAAUGUACAGCAGCAAGGGGGAACUAACGCUCCUCUUAUUGUUUAUACGGCUGCUGUUCAUAUUUGUUCGCAUUCCCAUUCACAUGUGUGUCAUGGUAAUGGUCAACUGUACAUUCUGAUAAUAAAUUGGAAGAAUCUUUAA